ACGACACUGAAGAGGCAAAUGAAGGAUCGACACAUUGCUAUGAUCAGCAUAGGGGGUGUCAUCGGUACUGGCUUGUUCGUUGGGACCGCAACCGCUCUUCGGGAGGGCGGUCCCGUGGGAAUGCUGUUGGCGUACAUGGUGGUCGGCUCACUAUGCUACACCGUAAUGGUAUCGCUCGGGGAGAUGGCCGCAUUCCUCCCUAUCCCAGGAGGUCACCUUACUUUCGCGGAGCGCUUCGUAGACCCGGCAUGGUCUUUCGCGGUGGGAUGGCUAUACUGCUAUAACUGGAUCAUCAUCCUGCCUGCAGAGAUCAGCGCGGCAGCUGUCGUGAUCAAUUAUUGGAACAAAUCUGUGAACGAUGCCGCCUGGAUUACGAUGUGCCUCGGGGUCGUAUUCAUCAUCAAUGCCUUUGGGGCAGGGGCAUACGGAGAGGCGGAGUUCAUUUUUUGCACCGUCAAGAUUGUCACCAUUGUCGGCCUCCUCAUCCUCGGCAUCGUGCUUGACCUUGGCGGCGGACCAAACCACGACCGCAUUGGGUUCCGGUACUGGAAGUCCCCAGGACCGUUCGUCCAGUUCGAUGGUAUCGCCGGCACGAAGGGUCGGUUCCUCGGAUGGUCGGCCGUCAUGGCUCAAGCAGCGUUCUCCUUCAUUGGUACAGAAGUCGUUGCCAUUGCAGGGGCCGAAGUCAAGAAUCCGCGAAGGAACAUCCCGAAGGCGAUCAAGCGCGUCUACAUUCGCCUCCUGCUCUUCUACAUCGGCGGCGUCGCCGUCAUCGGGCUCCUCGUCCCUUCAAACGACGACAGGCUGAAUCUCAACGACGGCACGGCGGCGGCGUCUCCCUUCGUUAUCGCCAUUAGCAAUGCCGGCAUUAAGGCGCUCCCCUCGAUAAUCAACGCCGCUAUUCUUACUUCUGCGUGGUCAGCAGCGAACAGCGACCUGUACAGCAGCUCUCGCGCUCUAUACGGGCUGGCGCUGAACGGAAACGCGCCGAAGGUCUUUCUCAAGACGACGCGCCACGGCUUGCCUUGGGUAGCCGUGACGUCGUGCGCGUCGAUUGGGCUGCUUGCGUACAUGGGCCUGAGCAGCGGGAGUGGAAAAGUAUUCGGCUGGUUCUCCACGAUGACGGCGGUCGCCGGCCUGGCGAGCUGGUUUGGCAUAGGCGUCACCUACAUUCGCUUCUACCGCGGCCUGAAAGCGCAGGGCAUCGAUCGCAAGACGCUUCCUUACCACUCGCCGCUGCAACCUUUCGCCGCGUGGUACGCCACCAUCGGAUGCUUCAUCGUCGUACUGUUCAGCGGAUGGUUCGUGUUCCUGAAGGGCCGCUGGGCGACGGACACAUUCGUGACGAACUAUCUGCCGAUGGUGAUGCUUCCGGUGCUCUACGUCGGCGCGAAGUGGUACAAGCGCGCGCCGCUGGUGCCGUACGCGGAGAUGGACUUCAAGAGUGGUCUACAGGAAGUCUUAGACGCGUCCUUUGAUGAGCCGCCGGCGUCGGGGAACUGGGCGAAGAGGGCGUGGAGUUGGCUGAUGUAAUAUUGCUCGAGCGCUGAGCCCAAGGAUAGUACGUACCGCAGCCUCGGAUGUGGGUGGCCCUUUUGCACUGUAAAAUAAGACCAUCUUGUAGAGUAGCUUCCAUGCUAUUGCCACCGCACUCUUCGUCCCGG